GACGUCCACCAUCGCCCGUCGCGUCGCGCUCGCUGUUCUCGACGAUGGACAAAGACAAUCGCGACGACUUUACUUUCGCUAGGCUUUCUGACUUGAAGCUACCGGUUACCUUUCGAAUAUCCCAAUUAGAGGGAAUCCGCAAACCCAAGUCGUUCACCGAAGUUCUAGAGAACCCAGACCUCAGGUUUCACGGCGUACAGCAAGCAACACUUUCAGACCUCUAUGUCACCUGCCAGCUUAUUGCCGACAACAAGCCACUUACAAUCCCAUAUCGAACGCCAUUCAAAGCCUUCAAGAACUCUUAUACGUGGAAUGAAUGGAUAACCUUUCCCGUUCGAUACUGCGACCUACCGGCGAGCUCUCAGAUCACCUUUACUGUCUGGGAUAUUGGAGGACCAAGAACCGCUGUUCCCGUAGGCGGCUCUACAUUCCGAUUGUUUGGCAAGAAAUGGACGCUGCGAAGGGGGAAGCAUCGGCUACUCCUUUGGCCAGGUGUCGAGGCCGACGGGUCCGUUGAAACGACAACGCCCAGCAAACUGGCGAUCAGGGAUGAAAUGGGGAGGCUAGAGAAGUUAGUCAAAAAGUACGAACGCGGGGAUCUACCCAAGAACGACUGGUUGGAUACCAUGGCAUUCAGGAAGAUGGAGGAGAUCCACGCAGCUGAAACGGAGAAGUCAGAGAACCUGUUCCUGUACAUCGACCUACCGAGGUUCGACUUUCCCGUAAUCUUCUGUGAACCGGAGCCAGUUGCAUCCACUUCGGCCGCUGCUACCACAACGACUACGACUUUGACGACUGUAACCCAGGCACCGUCUGCCCCUCAGAUCUCCGCAACCUUUGUGAACGAUCCUAGCCUCUGGGGUGUAGUUGAUCCAGAUAUCACCAACGAGAACCCGGUGGAGGACAAGCACCGUCGACUGGUUCGAAGCCACAGAAGUAGCCCCUACGAUCGUGAACUCAAACCCAAUGCCAAGAUUCGUGACGAACUAACACAUAUUCUCAACUAUUCCCCAAGCCAGCAAUUGACAUCGGAAGAGAAGGAUCUCAUCUGGAAAUUCCGUUUCUAUCUCGCUAGGGACAAGCGUGGCCUGACCAAGUUCCUGAAAUCUGUAACGUGGAGAGAUUCUUCGGAAGUCAAGCAGGCCGUCGAGGAACUACUUCCCCAGUGGACAGAGAUUGACACGGACGAUGCAUUAGAGCUACUUGGUCCGAGUACUGUAGACUCGCGAGUCCGAGCAUUCGCUGUAAAGCAAUUGAGCAGAGCAGACGACGACGAACUGCUGGGAUACCUAUUGCAAUUAGUUCAAGCGCUUAAGUUUGAAAGCGCAGCCAGUGAGCAGCGAUCCUCUAGGACGACGACAAGUGCAAUAUCAUAUGACGACAGUGGUCUAACGGAUUUCCUGAUCGCUCGGGGAGUCAGGAAUCCGAUAAUGGGCAACCGCCUGUAUUGGUAUUUGAUGGUGGAGGUUGCACUGGAGGACCGUGUCAUGGCUAAAAUGUACGGUCGUGUCGUCUUCAAGUUCAUGAAUAAGAUCCUGGAGGCAGAGGGUGGUUCAGAACGCCGAGAACUCAUGCGACGACAGGGUCUCUUGGUCGACACACUCGCCAAGCGUGCUCGUGAACUGCGGAUAUCCAAAGACCCCCGUCCAAAGAAGAUCGAGAAACUCCGUGCACUCAUCUCGGAUUCCAAGAAUAACCUCGCCUCUAUGCCACCAUUACCUCUGCCUCUAAACGCCAAGAUCGAGGUGACGGGGAUCAUCCCAGAGAAGUCAUCCGUGUUCAAAUCGAACCUCUACCCUCUCCUUCUAUAUUUCCAAUGUUCGGACGGCUCAGAGUACCCGGUUAUUUUCAAGGACGGUGACGACAUGCGGCAAGAUCAGCUCGUUAUUCAGCUCUUUACUCUCAUGGAUCAACUCCUGAGGAAGGAGAAUCUGGACCUGAAACUGAGUCCGUAUGACGUCCUGGCCACCGGUCCCCUUCAAGGAAUGGUCCAAUUCAUACCGAGCAAGACCAUCGCUGCAAUUGUCAGCGAACAUGGAAAUGUGCUGAAUUACCUCAGGGUCAACAAUCCCGAUGAGGGUAGCGUUGGGACGUCUGGUGUCGAACCAAGCGUGAUUGACACAUUUGUUCGCAGUUGUGCUGGCUAUUGCGUUGUAACAUAUAUCCUUGGAGUUGGAGAUCGCCAUUUGGACAACCUUCUCAUUGCACCUGAUGGUCACUUCUUCCAUGUCGACUUCGGCUACAUCCUCGGACGAGAUCCCAAACCUUUCCCACCAGCCGUUAAAGUUUGUAAAGAGAUGGUCGAUGGCAUGGGCGGCGCGCAAUCCCCUCACUACAUGCGCUUCAAGAACUACUGCUUUACCGCCUUCAGCAUUCUCCGGAAGAGCGCCAAUCUCAUCCUCAACUUGGUCGCCCUUAUGGUCGACGCCAAUAUCCCAGACAUCAAGCACCGAGACGUACAUGAACAGAUCCAGGAGAAGUUUAGGCUGGACUUGAGCGAGGAAGAUGCCAUCAAGCACUUUGAGACUCUGUUGAACGAGACGUCUUAUUUCACCGUUGUGUUGGAUAGGAUUCAUGAUCUGGCACAGUAUUGGCGAAGCUAG